AUGGUGCCAGCAGCCCGUGGUGGCACUCCCUGCCCAGGGACGCUUGGAGCCAGCCAGGCAGGGGACACCGGCCGUGGGGGCAGUGGCUCUGCUGCCUGGCCAUCAGCUUGCUUGGCUGGGGAGCCGGGCUGCAUGUCCUGGGGCCUCUGGAUGCUGGCCACACUGUGCUGGAUUGCUGCCCGCUCACUGCUGUUCUGCCGGUGCCCGGGGCAGGGCUGGCGGCAAGUGUCCAUCCUCUGCCUCCUGUACAGCUUCCUGGGCCACAUCUGCAAUGCAGUCGGAGCGCUGCUUGCCUGCCAGCUUGCAUUGCAGAUCCUCAUGGGCACCUACAUGGCUGUGGCUGCUCUUGUCUGCUUUCUUCUUGCCCUCUUUCCCCCAUGCCUGCCUGAGUCCCAGAAGACAGCAGGUCUGCCCCGAUGGAGAAGGAGGUGGCGGCUGCGGGACGGCCUGCUAGCCCUCACCCUGCCCCUGUCCGUGGGUGCUGGCAGGUCUCUGCUGGCACUCAGCCCCCAGCCCUCCUGGGAGCUGCUCCAGGGAGCCCGGCAGAGGCUGCUUGGGGUGGUGUUUGAGGCUGUGAUGGAGGGGUUCCCCUGCCUCUGUUUCUUCUCCAUCUCUCAGGACAACAGGGAAGUGCUGGGAUUUGUCCUGGGGCUGCUCUCUGCCCUCGUUGCUCUCACAGCCAGGAUACCUGUGCUCUCCAGAUCAUGCAGGGGGAAGCCAUGCCAGUGGAGGCAGUUGUGGGCCACCCUCUGCUCGGCCGCAGCCCGCGUCCUCUACACAGCAGUGAUUGUCACCCACAACCAGCAGCCUGUGCACAUCCUGAGGGCCCUGCCCUGGCCCCUGAUCACCCUGGGCUUGGCUGCGCUGGACACAGCUCUCCUGUUCCUUGCCUGCGUGGCCAAGAGCCAUAUGGUCCCAGAGGUCCCCAAUGCCGGGGCUCUCCUGGCUGGAUAGGGAGAGGAAGAUGACAAGGGAGCAGAAGAGGAGGCUGAAAACUAGGCUCCACUUAACAUGUUUCCAAAACCUAACUCUGGGCCCAGGAUGGUGGCAACCAGCUGCUGCCUAGACCUGAUGAUCAGGCUGGUGCAGCAGACUGGUCACAGUGUGGCGAGGCUGCCAGGGGAUGCACAGACGGGUGCAGCCCCCCCUGUGCCACUGCAGCCCCCUGCCUGUCCCCUGCUCUCCACCCUGCAUGCUGGGGUCUCCUUAUCCAGCUCCUCGGAUGCUGGCUCCAUCAACUCGGAGCUUGAGUGGGACUUUGAAGACGUGAUGGUGCAGUGGACCCGGCCCAGCCCUGCUCCUAAGCCUUGUUCCAUGCUUUGCCCAGGCACCUUCAGACAACCUGCAGCCCCUCCGCAAUGCUCUGAGCACCCAUCCACCCAGCCGAGCAAGCAGUAA